AUGCAAAUUGAUGGUCUGGCCGCGAAAGAAGAUGACAUAUGGCCAGUACGGUUAAUGAAAUUAGAACGUUUGGUCGUUAAUGUUUCAGUGACUGGGGCGGCCGCGGAAGCCACACGCGAGGAGGAGUCACUGUGGGACACGCACGAGGCGAGGAAGGGAGGCCGAACGACCUUUGCAUGGUCCUCCACCACGGAGGAACGCACAACAGGGGAAACGAAAUCCAUGGAAAAGUUUGACCGGACGACUACUUCCAGCCACGCGGACACCUCCAAUUCCCGGGAAACGGGGACGCAGGGGUUGACAAAGGCAAACGCCGUCGCCACCGCCACCAUCGCGAGCCUCGACAGGGAGGAAGGGGAGGAGAGGAUAGAAAUGCGGGGGAACGCGGGGACCACGUUGGCAACGUUGAGGGAGAACGACACGGGGAAGGUGAAGACGUCGAAUGGUCGAUACUCGACCGUGGCUUCGAACAGCGUGGACGAGACAGGGCGAAAGAUAAAUCCGUCCGCCAGCGAGACGUUCGUCCAAACGACGGCGAGACGACCGAGCUUCGACAAGAGCGUCGUUUUCACCAGAAAUUUCGACAACAUAGUGGCGACGAAGAAAACCAAGUUAUCCAAGAAUCCUUGGAAAAAUCAGAGGAACGCCGAUACGAGGACGAAACCGUACAACGUGAACGACGUUAUACGCCGGCAAAUGAGGCACGUGCCGGACGUGUGCGACAAAUUCAGCGUCGGCGACGAGUCGAAACGGGAAUUUUACAGCCCCAACUACCCGGACAACUACCCCAACCUUACCGACUGCACCAAGGUAUUGAAAGCCGAGAAAGGGAUGCUGCUGAGGCUCGACUUUCGGGACGAGUUCAAGCUCGAGGAUAGUACCGACUGCCGUUACGAUUAUCUCGAGGUACGUGACGGCCAGCACGGGUACGCCAAUCUCCUCGGCAACUUCUGCGGCACGAAUUUCCCCCCCGAGAUCACGUCCAAGACGAGGUAUCUUUGGCUACGAUUCCACAGUGACGAGAGCAUCGAGGGAAAGGGGUUCAGGGCCGUUUGGAGUAUGAUACCAAGGCAAACCAAUAUACAGGCGGGAGUGCCACCAGAGCUGGAGGAUUGCGUGAGGGACGUGAGCGGCGUGCAAGCGAUCAUUAGCAGCGAGGACGUGAUAGAGAGGAAGAUGCUAUGCGAGAAGGAAGGCAUCCCUCUCGAUUGCUUGUGGAACAUCACGGUCAAAGAAGGAUGGAAGAUUCAGCUGACGUUCUCGGAUCCCUUCAAACUGCAACGACCGAACGAGUGCGACGCCAACUUCGUGGACGUGUUCAAAGAACGCACUGACAUGUCCUCGAGAGAGAAGAAUUUCUGCGGAAGUAUCGCCGACACCGUCCUCAUCGGGGCCAAUAUCGCCUUUGUCAGGUUUUACACGGAGCCUAAAGCGUUGAACAGCAGCUUCGAGGCCGUGAUGACAGCGCUCAGGGACAGAGAUUCCGGAGACAAACCUUGCCUCGAUAACGAAUUCUACUGCGAGGACGCGACUUGCAUCGCUGCGGAAUUGCAAUGCAACGGCAGGGUGAAUUGCCGCUUCCGAUGGGACGAAGAGGAUCAAUCUUGCAACAAGAAGAAAUCGCGGCUGAUCGAUUCCCAGCAUAUCGUUAUAAUCCUGAUCGUUUUCUCGUUGAUCAUGUUCGGCAUGAGUUUCGCCUUCGUUUUCAACUGCGUGCGGAAAUUGAUCCGGGACCAUCGAAUCAUCCAAGAGCACAUCAGACAGUCGAGAGAAAAUCGAUUGGACGAACUCGGUCGUAAGGCAACACCCUGCCCGAUCUCGUCCUCGAGAACAGACAUCAGGGAUCGAGUGAGCGACUCGCCGAGUCUGGAAGUAAUCCCGAGCAAGGAACUUUUACCGCCCACUACUUUAAUAGCGCAAGAUUACACGAAAGAUCUCGUACUUGAAAUGGCGUACAAUACGAGAGAUAUGCACGACAUACAUCAGAGCAACAACGUGAGCAACGCGACGCAGGAACGUUUGCAAGAAUCGAGCGACGAGCCAGAGAUGCGAGACAAUUCUUGUCAGACGCGAGAAAGCCUCUUCGAGACGCGAAUCCCGGACAACGUGAUGGGAUUCACGACAUUCGGUGUCCGCGGACCUAGCUCGCAAAACGGGACCAAUCAUCUUCACUAUCACCGUCAUCAUCAUCUUCAUCACCAAAGCCCGCCGCAAUCGCGUCAAAGCUCUCAGCCUUCCCAGCAAUCUUCCGAGCACAGCUCUCAACAGCAAUGCUCGGGUUGUAGCCCAGCAUCGAGGGGUCGGGACGGCAGCAUGGGUAUUUGUCCGAAACACAACCCAAUCCCCGCACCGCCUGGCUGGUCUACCCACGAGUCCGGUUAUUCAUUGCCUCCGCAUCAAGGAUCCGUUUAUCCCGAACCUCCGGAUUACCCGUCGUACCAGAGGUUUCAAAGCCCGAAACCAAGUAGGGAAAACAGCGUCUAUCGUCAAUCGCCGAAAUUAUUGAGGCAAGGAACGAUCGGGUCGGGGGAGAGGUACGGCAGUUCUAUCUACGGAUCCGGGCAUGGAUCUAGUAACGCGUCGAGCACUCAACACACCGGUACGCCGAAAUGCCCCGAGCAAACGACACCCGAUCCUAGGUACAGAGCGGAGGCGGUGAUAGAGGUGGAUCAGAGGCGACCUUUCAGCAUAGAGAGCACAAAGAGCGCGCCGGAUGUGAUCGCAACGCACUGACGCCGGGGUCCUGGGGAUUGGGAGCCCUACAAGAGACGCCAUCCCCGUCAAACUGUCACUGAUACUCAGUUGCCCGGUAGGAAUGACGGAAGCAAGGUCACUGUAGCCACCCAAAGCUCCUUGGACGACGACGCUUCGACCAGUUCCACGAUAGAUGCCAACUCGUCCUCCUGAUCCACGCAUAUUGGCGCGAUCGAUCGGCCUGAUCAACUGGAGCGUGCAGAUACGGACGGUCUUAGUUCGUCCUUAGACAAAUCUACUCGGCACGUAAUUCAGGAUUCCGAGACAUCGAGAUUGUACGCAGGGGCGCAAAAUGAUCUUCCGUUAGCGAGAUCGGUGGAAAUCGACGGAAUAAAAGAACCAAAGACUUGUUUGGGCAGUACCGGUGAAAUAAGCGAUGUAUCCGUUUCGGAAUCUAUCGGGAGAAAUACGGGAACAUUUCGAAGUGAUAUCGAGAUCGUACAGUCAAUUGGACGCGAUUCGAUGCGGUCAAAAGAGAAUUUUCCAGUUUCGAAGGUAUCGUCGGUCCGACUGGCUUUAAAAUUGAACGAUCUCCCGAUUCUGAGGCCCCCGGAGGCCUUCAGGGCUCCAAUCUUCCGCUGCAAAACGCCGACCCUAGCGUGGCAGCAUUGCGAUUGCCCAUCGCAUUCCCACUUGCCACCGCGAAGAUCCUCCGUGAUCUGGAGUGCCUUGAAACACUACAGUCAGGAGCCCUUCUAUAGAACUUGGCCUAACAGAACCGCCAGAAGGUUCAUUCGACCAUCGAGGAGGACCGUGGGCACUCAAAGUUCAUUGGAUGGCUCGCGAUCGUCUCUUAGCGCUAUUCGUUGCGUGGUCAGAUCGAUCGAUAUGACCGAAAGUUCGAUGGAUCUCGAGAUAGGCGCCACGAUACCUUUCUAGUGUUUAUUUUUCAUCCGAGAGGAUUUUCUUCCUGUGUUGAAUCGAUUGGAUUACGGACCAAAGAGUUUUCAAACGAGAACGCAAUACUAUCUCUAUUAUUGUUGAUGUUACGAUACAGAACGCUUAGAAUCGUUUAUUGUUAUUCGGAACGCUAUUUUGCUAAUCAGUGUGUUAGAUUGCGAAUUAUGGUUAUAAUUACACGGCUUUCGCUAUUGCUAUAUCUGUAUAUUCUUUUUUAACGCAAACAACACGUAUCAUAUCGCGUCGAAACGAAAAUAUAUUAGCGAAAUAUACGUCGCGUCCUUUGUUUUUCACGAACAUUCGUUUCCCGCCAUUUUGUAUAUUCGCAAUAUCUUAACGGUCGUUAAUCAAAGAGAAGGACUUACCAUAAUUUUCACUGCAUUCUCUUCAAUUACAUGAUACGUUGAUACGUUGAUACGUUGAACAACUAAAAUACACUUUGCAAAAUACAAUUUGUGAUCUAACACUCGUAUUUGUUGAAUAAAUACAAUGAUUUUCGCGAGAAUAGAAUCGAGCCGAACAGAAUGUAAACAUAUCGAGACCGAGACACAUUUCGUACUGACGAUAGUUAUAUCUGGAUGUGUGCAGAUGGCGUUUCGCGACGAUCAUCUAGUUUUAAUCGAACUACUUUGAGGUGAUCACGUAGUGUUUACACAGUUGAGUAAAACUCGAAGUGAAGUGAUAGAAAAUUUAUUGUGAAAAGCUGCAAGCAGUUAUAAAAAGUUAUCUCGGGCAACGAGUAAGUAGAUUUCUGAUUAAAAUAUGUCAACUCGCCUAAUGAACAUUGAUAUGUUGAACAAGUUGAACAUAGCCUAACCCUUUUUUAUACACGGUAUCGAUUUCGCGAUUCGAAAAAACGUAUGGAUAUGAUACUACAAUAGGCAAACUAUUUUUUCACGGUAUUUCCACUAAUAGUCGAGCAUGAGGCAUAGUUAUUCGUAUCCGAUUGAAAAAAGAAUCGAAAGAAUGCAUUUAUGAAUCGAUAACGUAUUACAGCUCGAAUAUGUCCGAUACGAAUCGAUCGAUAUCGACUACAUCGUCGUGUUCCUUGAGCGAGUGAAAAAAAUUUGUUUGCCAAUUUUUGUAAAGAUUUCAAAAUGACGAAUAAUCUAAUUCCCUAGUCUCAGGAUCAUUAAUUUCAGAGUCACGUUAUAAAGAAUUUAUCUUUGUACGAUAAUAUAUUCGACAUUUUUUUAGAAAAUGUAAUCGUGCACGCACGUUUCAUUGACAAUCGAUUCGUUGCUUUCAGUUGUAUGCCAUUCGUCGAUCGAUCGAUUGAUUGAAAGAGAAAUACAGGCUUUCGUGAAAAAUUGGAAUUUCGAGAGAAGCGUGCACCAAACAUCUAGUAACAAGGUAAAUAAUUAAAUUAGUCAAUUAAAUAUUAAACAAUCGAGCGAGGAAGAGAAUAGGAUUAAUGUGAAACGAAAAUGAACGAAAGAGAUAGAACCAAAAGCGUGUUGACUGUAAACGUUGUAUGCAGAUAUAUUGUGAAGCUGUCAGGAAUUUAGCGAUUAGUAAUCGACAAAUUUUCGCUUCUGUACAGAUUACGUAUUAACGUUCAUCGUUUAGGACAGAAUGUACAGAGUGUACACAUUUGUAUAUAAACGACACAUGAUCGUCUGUCCAAAUGAUACGUCAGACGAAUAAUAAAUAUAGUACUUUUAAAA